CUAAGAAUAGAAUGUGAUAGAGCCAAGUAGACCCAUUUCAGUUUUCAGCCCAACAAAAUUAUAAAAAUACCCAAUAUAAAACUUUAUGGUUUAAAUUCAUUCUCUGAAUAUCCUACAACCCUGAUCAAGACCCUUCCACGCCGUUCAUCAAGAUAGUCAGUCAACCACCGUACACCGCCUAUCGUCUCCGUUAACACCGCUGUAGAAAUGGCAGAAGGACAACACACCACCGCUGUAACAACCGGAAACCCUGAAGCGUCGCGGCAAGAACAAAACAAUCCUUUCUUCUUCUUGUCUCUUAUUCCAAAGUUUUUACUACAACCCUUUAAUAAUAUUAAAAAUAAGGGUGAUAGUGAGAAAUCUGUGAAAAGGGUUGAUGGAGAAGAAGGUUCUGGAAGCUAUACUAAAACCCCAGAUGUUGUGAGGUUUCCUGCGACUCAGCCUGAAGUUGCUCCAUUGAAGCUCGAGAAUGAAGAUGCUCAAGAGGAUACUAAUCCUUUAAUUCUUUGGCAGAUAUAUGCUCUUGGAGGAUUCAUAGUGUUGAAGUGGGCAUGGGGAAAAUGGCAGGAAAGGAAGGCAAACAACGGCUCAUCUGGUGAAGAUCAACCUCAACCUCCACCUUCAGCCACAGCCCCUGCUCCAGCUGAGGAUUAAUCUUCUUUUUCUUUUUCAUUUGUAAUUUCGCAUUACCAGAGUUACUUACAAUAGCCUUUUGAAUUUAUAGUCAUCUUUCCUAAUUGUGAAGGCUUCCAGUUUGGAUAAAUGAAAAGAUGGAAAUUAUAGGAAGAGAA